GACUUGAAUGAGUUAGCAAUUUAUCUGAGUACCUAUAUUAUGUUAAAAAUCAUCUAUAAAUUAUAAUAUUGUUCUUACAAGUUACAGCUGCUAUUAAGUUUAUUUUGUUUUACAUAAAGUUUGUGGAAACUUCAACAAAAUGGUUCUCGAGAGUACCAUGAUAUGUGUUGACAAUAGUGAUUACAUGCGCAAUGGUGAUUUCGUACCAACACGUCUUCAAGCACAGCAAGAUGCUGUGAACUUGGUAUGUCUUUCUAAGACACGUGCAAAUCCUGAAAACAAUGUCGGACUUUUGACUUUAGCGAACGUACGUGUAUUAGCUACUUUAACAGCCGAUGUCGGUCGCAUACUGUCUAAGUUGCAUCAGGUCCAACCUAAUGGUGAUAUAAAUUUCUCGACUGGCAUCAGAAUCGCACAUUUAGCGUUGAAGCAUCGCCAAGGUAAAAACCAUAAGAUGCGUAUUAUUGCAUUCAUUGGUAGUCCUGUUGGGUUAGAUGAAAAAGAAAUGAUAAAAUUAGCAAAAAGGCUUAAAAAAGAAAAAGUUAUGGUUGACGUUGUCUCAUUUGGCGAAGAAGCUGAAAAUUCUGACGUUUUGACGGCAUUUGUCAACACUCUGAAUGGCAAAGAUGGCGGAGGUAGUCAUCUCAUUGCUGUCCCUCCUGGAUCGCACUUUUCUGAAGCGUUGGUGUCGUCUCCAGUUAUUCAAGGAGAAGACGGUGCUGGCGGAGCUGGACUUGGCGGAUCAGGUUACGAGUUUGGAGUUGAUCCUAAUGAAGAUCCCGAGUUGGCUUUGGCUUUGCGUGUUUCAAUGGAAGAACAAAGAGCCAGACAGGAACAAGAGGCUCGUCGAGGUCAAACUUCAUCUGGGGGGGAAGUUUCGGCGGCUCGUCCAGCUACAAUUACCGAAACUCCAACUGAAGAGGCGUUGUUGGAACGUGCUUUAGCAAUGUCCAUGGAAACUGGCGAAGACGAACCAAUGGUCGUGCAAGAAGGACCAGCUGCAGCUGUCGGCGCCGCUGCCAGUGUCCCAGCAAGUGCUCAUGUCGACUUUAACAAUAUGACAGAAGAAGAACAGAUUGCCUUGGCAAUGCAAAUGUCCAUGCAAGAAUCGGCUACCGAAGAUAAAGCAUCGUCCAGUGCCGCUGCCAAACCCAAAGAGGAAGCGAUGGAAGUCGAAGAAGAUUACACAGAAGUAAUGAACGAUCCUGAUUUCAUACAAAGUGUAUUGGAAAAUCUCCCCGGUGUCGACCCGCAGAGCGACGCCGUACGUCAAGCUGUCGGACUUGUUAGCAAGGACGCGAAGGAUAAAGAUCAGAAAACCGAUAAGGAUAAGAGUUCUAAAAAAUAAAUUAUACAUUUUAUUCUUAUAUUAAACAACAUAUUUUUCUUUUAUAAUUAUAUCUUUUUUUUUUAAUUACUAUUCAACUGAAUAACUAGCCUAAAAUUACGAUUGUAUUUCAAUUAAUACUCUAAAUGACUUUCUCGAUUUGAAUUUCAACCAUCGUAAGUGAAUAAAAAUAAAAAUAAAUGAGAAACCAUGUUUUAUUAUA